UCAAGAAGAAGGUUACCAAGAAGCCAGCUGCUGUCGCCAAGAAGACCACCACCAAGAAGGCUCCUGCCAAGAAGGCCGCUCCCAAGAAGAAGGCUACUGCCAAGGCCACCACCAAGAAGGCCAAGUCUGCACCCAAGAAGAAGGCCACUGCCACUAAGAAGGCUCCUGCCAAGAAGGCCGCUCCAAAGAAGAAGACUGCCGCCAAGAAGACUGCUAGUAAGAAGAAGUCUGCUACCAAGAAAUCUGCCAAGAAGGAGUAA